AUGAAACUAGAUGAUGCCUUGUGGGAAUAUCGGACUUCUUAUAAGACACCCAUAGGCAUGUCACCAUAUGCAUUGGUGUUUGGAAAGCACUGUCAUCUACCAUUGGAACUAGAAUAUAAGGCAAUGUGGGCAAUUAAGAAACUCAACUUUGAUCCAAAGGUUGCAGGAGAAGAGAGAAAACUUCAACUACUUGAGCUGGACGAGUGGAGAUUACAAGCGUAUGAGAAUUCCAAAAUUUACAAAGAACGCACCAAGCGAUGGCAUGAUAAGCAUCUUUGUGAGAAAAACCUCAAGGCAGGUCAAAGGAUAUUACUGUUCAACUCCAGGUUGCAUCUCUUUCCUGUAAAAUUGAAGUUGCAUUGGUCCGAGAGUUAA